AUGGCUAGAAGGAAGGAUCUCUCGGCCUUUGAAAGGGCUGCCAUAAUCCAGUUUCUUCUUGAAGGAAGCCACAAUGGAAAACCAGCUAGAGGCAAGAUCAAUGCUGCAGUUCAAAAGUGGAGUUGUUGCCGACGAACGAUUAGUCGUAUUUGGGCAGCUGCAAAUAAACAAAGAGCAAGUGGUGAGGUAAUAAGUUCAUUGAGUAAAAAAAAGCUUAGGCCAAGGAGAAAACUGGUUCAUCUUGAUUUAAAUUUGAUUGCUAGCUUAGAAUUGUCAAAGAGAUCUACCAUAAGAAGGCUUGCAUGUGGGAUUAAAUGCAGUAAAAGCACAGUGGGUAGGUGGAUUAAAUUGGGACUGAUCAGACCUCAUUCUAGUGCAAUAAAACCUGAUCUAACUACUCCAAACAAGUUGCUUAGGCUACGGUUUUCCUUAGAAGCUCUAGAAUAUGACAGGAUUCUUAGGAGUUUAACUUUCAAAAGCAUGCAGAACACAAUUCACAUUGAUGAGAAAUGGUUCUACAUCACAAAAAGUAAUCAGCGGUUCUAUUUGACACCUGAUGAGAUAGACCCUCAUAGGACAUGCAAGAACAAGAAGUUCAUCACCAAGGUGAUGUUCAUGUGUGCUGUAUGUAGGCCAGUGUUUGGGCCUAAUGGUGAAUGCUUGUUUGAUGGAAAAAUUGGAAUUUUUCCAUUCACUGAACUUGUUCCAGCCAAAAGAAACAGUAAGAACAGGGCAGCAGGUACUAUGGAGUGGAAACCAAUUCAAAGCAUCACCAAACAAGUAGUGAAAGACUGCCUAAUAUACCAGAUCAUCCCUGCUAUUAAAGCAAAGUGGCCAGCAAAUGCAAGCAAAACCAUAUAUAUACAGCAAGAUAAUGCUAGGCCUCACAUUCAAGACUCAGACCCAGAUUUCAGGGCAGUAGCUUCAGCUGAUGGCUUUGAUAUUCACUUGGUGCAUCAACCACCAAACUCCCCAGAUACAAACAUCAAUGAUCUGGGGUGGUUCAGGGCAAUACAAAGCCUCCAAACUGAAUCAAUGUCUACAAAUGUUGAUGGUCUAGUGAAUGCAGUCAUCAAGUCAUUCAAUGAGUUAAGGCCUAGCACUUUGAAUAAGGUGUUUAUAAGUUUGCAAAGCUGUAUGGUUGAAAUCUUGAAGGUUAAGGGGAGGAAUAGCUACAAGAUCCCUCAUCUAGGGAAGGAUGCUUUAAUUAGACAGGAUAAGCUUCCCUUGAAUUUACAAGUUCCAAGUGAACUUGUUAGGGAGUGUUUAUCCUACUUAAUUGAGAAUGGAGCAUUGGCAUAUGGUGAUACACUAAUGAAUGAGUUGGGAGUGCAAGCAGGAUGCACAGAUGAGGUUCAGAUGAUGGUUCAUCAACUUCAAAUUCAAGGAACAGAAGUUAUGUGA